AUGGAUGAUACUGCUUCUAAACAAAAGACAUUCAAAGAUUUAGGAUUAAUUCCUGAAGUGUUAAAAGUAGUAGAGUAUUUAGGAUAUAAGAAACCAACAAAAAUUCAAGAAAAUUCUAUUCCAGUUGCAUUACAAAAGAAAGAUAUUAUUGGAAUUGCACAAACAGGAAGUGGAAAAACAGCAUCAUUUCUACUUCCAAUGAUUCAACAUUUAUUAAAUGUUAAAGAAAAGAAUAGAGCAUUUUAUUGUAUUAUUAUUGAACCAACAAGAGAAUUAGCGGCACAAGUAGUUGAAGUAUUAGAUGAAAUAGGAAAAGCACUUCCUGGAUUAAUGUCAUGUUUAUUAGUAGGAGGAAUGGAUGUAAUGAAACAAAGUGUUCAACUUGCAAAAAGACCACAUGUAAUUGUUGGAACACCAGGAAGAAUAGUUUAUCAUAUUAAAAAUACAAAAGGAGUUGAAGAAUCAAUUCAAAAAGUUAAAUUUUUAGUAAUUGAUGAAGCUGAUAAAUUACUUGAGAUGGAUUUUGCAAAUGAAAUUGAUUAUUUAAUUGAAAAAUUACCAAGUCAAAGAACAACAAUGUUGUUUUCAGCAACUAUGUCAACAAAAGUUGAAAAAUUACAACGAGCAUCAUUAACACAUCCUGUUAAAAUUAAAGAAGAAGAACAAAAAUAUCAAACAGUUGAUACAUUAAGACAAGAAUAUUGUUUUAUUCCAUUUAAAUAUAGAGAUGGAUAUUUAUUAAGUAUAUUAAAAGAAACAGAAGGAAAAUCAAUUAUUAUAUUUACUAUGAAAUGUUCAGGAUGUACAAAAUUAGUAAUGAUGUUAAGACAAUUAGGAUAUGCAGCAAUUCCAUUACAUGGGAAAAUGAGUCAACAAAAACGAUUAAUUGCAUUAGAAAAAUUUAAAAGUGGGAAAAGAGGGAUUUUGGUUGCUACAGAUGUUGCAUCAAGAGGACUUGAUAUUCCAAAUGUUGAUAUUGUUAUUAAUUAUGAUUGUCCACUUGAACCAAAAGAUUAUAUUCAUCGAGUUGGAAGAACUGCAAGAGCAGGAAAAAGUGGAUAUGCAAUUACACUUGUAACACAAUAUUCAAUUGAAUUAUAUCAACGAAUUGAAACAAUGAUUGAAAAGAAAUUAAAUGAAUAUAAAGUAAAUGAAAAAGAAGCAAUUGCAUAUUCACAAAAGGCAAAUGAUGCAAUGAGAAUUGUUAGUCAACAACUUAAAGAAGAAGCACAAAAGAAAAAAGAAAAACUUCAAAAAGGACAAAAAAAAUUAAAUGAAGAAGAAGAUAAUGAUGAAUAA